UAAAGAAGAUAAUCCAUGUCAAAUUUCAAAAUACAGUACCAGAAUUGCAAUGAACAAGCAGAUAAGCUAGCUAGUUAUUGCAGAACGGCGGGAAAUGAUGCAACACUAGCCCCACAUGAUAAGGCAGCCGCUGCAUGAGUGAGUGCUUGAUGACACAUCGAUCGAUAUCCUUCCAUCCCUACCAUUUGGUCUCACUCUCACUCACUCACCUGCACCACCAGCAGCAGCCAAGAGCCAACACGAUCUCAGCAAGAUCUCCACUCCACUAGCUGCUCACUCGCUACUAGCACCAGGAGGGAGAGAUCGAGCGCUGCCACUAGCCAAGAACGCAGCAGGAGAGAGAGAGAGGUCGAGCACGAGCAGCCAUGGAGUCGUCGGCGGCGACGCAGACGGAGCGCCACGGCCGCGGCAACGCGACGGCGACCACCAUCGCCAAGAGCAGGUGGGGGCCCUACUCGGGCGCCGGGGACUUCGCGGGCAACAUGGCCGUCAUCCUCGCGUCCCUGCUCGCCGCGCUCGCGCUCGCCCUCGCGCUCCACGCCGGCGUCAGGCACCUCCUCCGCCGCCGCCGACGGCAGCGGCAGACGAACGGCGGCCAGGCGCCGGACCCGGAGAAGCCGCCGCCCGUGGCGCCGGCGCUGCUGGAGCUGGUGUACUCGGCGGCGGAGGCGGGCCAGCUGGCGGGCGCCGCGUCCGAGUGCGCCAUCUGCCUCGCCGAGUUCGCGGACGGCGACGCCGUGCGCGCCGUCCCGGCCUGCGGGCACGGCUUCCACGCGCGCUGCAUCGAGCGCUGGCUCGCUCCCGGCGGGCGGCGGUCCUCCUGCCCGACGUGCCGCGCGCCGGCUUCCACGCCGCCGGCGUCGGCAUCGGCCGGUGCCCCCGCCGCGGCGGCGUCCUGA